CUUGUCUCAGAGUUUUAUUCAUUGUCGAACCAGUCUAAGCGGCACGAUCGUAUUCAGUUCCAAUUCUGAGCUAGAAGCAAACGGACGUAGCUAUGCGUGAUCUGUUGCGAUGGCUGCUGCUACUCUCCGGUGUGUUGUGCGUCUGGAGUCAGACGGUCGGCGUCAAUCGGCUCGUGUGCGGCCGGCGUAAGGUGAAAUCGGUUUAUCUCAUCCACAAUGGUAUCGACGCAAGGCCGGGUCACUGGCCGUGGCAUGCGGUCAUCUAUCAGCGUGCGAACGGUGCCGAAGAGUAUAAGUGUGGUGGCUCGAUCAUCGAUGAAGAUACCAUUCUCACAUCUGGUCACUGUGUUACGGUUGGGAGUAGAGCUAUCUCACCUGAGCAGCUGUCAAUCGAGGUAGGCCGUAUUCGGCUGCACGAGCGAACCGAAUACACUCAGACGCAUGGUGUGCGGCAGGUGAUAGUACAUCCUGGAUUAAAUGUGCGCCGAUUCAAGAACGACAUAGCUCUGAUCAAACUGGCGAGCAACAUUACUAUGACACCGCACGUACAACCCGUCUGUCUGUGGACGAUGGACAACAAUCAGGAGUUGAUCGUGGGCAAGAACGGUACGGUGCUGGGGUUCGGACUGACGGAGCAAGACGUCGUGUCGGAGCAGUUGAAGCAGGCGUCGAUCGGUGUGGUCGAUACGCUGACAUGCCUUGCGAAUGAUCGGGCAGCGUUCGGAACGUACCUGACGUCGGAGAUGUUCUGCGGAGGAGGCCGGGAUGGGGUGAGCGCCUGCAACGGAGACAGUGGUGGUGGAUUGUUUCUGGAAGUUGAGGGCAGAUGGUUCGUGCGAGGUAUUGUUUCGUUCAUUCCAUUGCGAAAAAAUACGGCUCUAUGCGAUACGUCAAAGUUCACGGCCUUUGCCGAUGUGGCCAAGUAUCUGAAGUGGAUCGAACAGUACAUUGACCCGCGUGUGCUCGUGUUCGAUACAGACGAUUAUGAGGUGGAUUAUGAGGAAAAGCUACCGCUUUUCGAUCUGAACGCUUGUGGCAUCGAGUCGGACACAUAUCUUGCCGAUGGAUCUCACAUGAGCUACCCUUGGUUUGGGUAUGCUGUGGUGGGUCAGACCACCUUUGUGAAGUGUGUCGUUACGCUCGUCAACGAAUGGUAUGCCGUCGGUCCGGCAAGCUGUUUCGAGAACGAUGGAAACGAGGUUCGCAUUCGAUUUGGCGAUUAUGAAGAUCUAAAGGUGCGAAAAUGCUUCGAUCGUAAUGGAACGACGGUGUGUGCCGAUCCGACGCAAACACUGCAAAUCCAGCGCAUCAUCAUCCACCCAAGGUACAACGAUAAAGAGUUCACGGACAACAUAGCGCUGGUGGAGCUUCUGACUCCAGCGGACACAACGCAGCCGAACGUGAGACCCAUCUGUCUGCCGGUCACAAAAGAGCUAUAUUCGAACCAAACCACCAACCUGUUGGCCAUCAGCUACUCUACUCUCAAACGAUCGUUUGUGGAUAAACCCACUCGCUAUAUAAACUCCUCGCAAUGCAUAGAUAUGUACCUAGACGAGGGGUUGAGGUUGAACUUGGACGAGAAGCGUAUUUGUGGGCAAUUUGCUGCAGAGACAACGGGCGAUUGUGCCGCACUCAAGUCGGGGGCAGCUCUGCAGGAAUUACGAGAGCAGCGGUUCGUGCUGCGUGGGUUCGAUUUGUUUGGUAGAGAUUGUGAAUCCACGGUGCCGACAGUGUAUAUCAAUUUGUUCGCUUACCUUGACUGGAUACUGUACAACAUGAGAUUCAACGAGGUGGACUUGGAUGCCAAAGACUCAUCCCUCGAGGCAAAGUGGGCGAUCCGGCAGAAGGAACACGAAAAGUUACUCCUUUUCGAUAUGAGUACCUGUGGUAUUAUCAAGAUGGCACAGAGAGUUAGUAGCGUCGUUACCUACAACCCUUGGAUUGGCUCGCUGGAAGGGCUUGAAAAUGUAUCCACUUCGCCACCGCGCGUCCUUGGAAAAGUGAUACUGAUAAGCGAACGGUAUGCAUUAGCUCCAGCUCAGCUUUUCAGUAUCCCGCAAGAGUGGCGAUCAGUUAUUCUAGGUUACCACGAUCGAGUUUUCGAGCUAAGCUGUGAGAUUAAAGGUUGUGAUCCGCCUUAUCAAAAAGCGGAUAUUAAGAAGGUAUACAUCCAUCCAGACUUCAACGAACAAAGCUUGCAUCAGAAUAACAUCGCUCUGAUCGAGCUGAUGGAACCGGCCAACACUACGAAGCCUUUGAUUAGUCCAAUUUGUCUACCACUGAUGCAGGAGUUCCGCAACAGCACACCGUUGGAGUUGAAGCUGGCAACGGAACUGUCUGAGAGCAGAAAAGUGAAACGGUUGAGCCCAGCCAACUGUCAAGCACAACUCAUCCAUGAAGGAGCUUUUCUCCCCGUGCAGGAGCUCCCAGUGUGUGCAGAUGAUUUAGAGAGCGACGCUGGUAUGCGGUUCUCGGGACAUACCGGAUCGGCAUUACAAGGAUCGAUAGAUUUUAACGAUCGCAAGCAUUAUUUUCUAUACGGGUUAAGUCUGCUUAUGAGGUCCAGUAGGCCGAAAACCCCCGACCUACCGUACCUUCUUACGGAUGUUAGCCAGCAUCUCGAUUGGAUCUUGGAGAAUAUGAAAGUUAAUAAUACAGAUAAUGGCCCUAGUCCGACAAAGGAGUUUGCUCUAAUGCAUCGUUUACCAGUGCGAAAUAUUGCAAAGAGACGGCUUUUCAACUUCAAUACAUGCGGGAUACUUUCAAAUAGCUCCCAGGAGAGCUACGAACAGGAACCUUGGAUAGGGUUCGUGGAACGGUGGGAUGAUUUGGCAAAGUCAAACAAAUACAUAUACUGCGUAGUGACACUGAUAAGCGAAUGGUAUGCCGUAGGUCCUGCGAGCUGUUUGGGCUAUGAUACAAAGGAAGUAUUUGUCCAGUUCGGUGGCUACAGAAAGGUAACGCAAGGUGAAUGCAACCAAAGCGAUGGCACCUGUAAACGUGCCACACAAACCAUUCCGAUCGCGAAGAUAAUCGUUCAUCCUGCGUACAACAGUGCCCAACACACGGAUGACAUAGCGCUGGUACAACUGGGAUCGUCAGCAGACCUGUCACAACCACACAUACAGCCCAUCUGUUUGCCGAUUGUAGACGAUGUCCGUAGCUACAACGUAUCGAGUCUAUCUUCAACUUCGUUUUUGAGCUUUAGUGCAGGUUACAACACGUUUGGGUUGGACGGCCGCUUCAUUGCCUCGACCGAAUGCCAACGGCGCUGGGAUGGAUUGCAGUUGAACGUUCAGGCCGGCCGUACAGGGCUGUGUGUUUUGCAGCAGCCAAACGCAGAAGGAGAUGGAUGCUACUACAUACAUCCAGGCUUUCCGCUGCAUACGACACAGGAACUAAGGGGAGAAGAUAGGCGUUUUCUUCGGGGCAUUAUGACAGUCAAGCCGGGAAGCUGCAGUGCGUACUAUCCCGCCAUCUACACUAAUGUGGACGAUUAUCUUGAUUGGAUAUUGGAGAACGUGGAGGGGAGAUUAGUCUCGCAACAGAAUGCGUACGAUCUAACGGAACAGUUAGUGUUUGCGUAAAU